AUGGAGUAUAAAAGAGCGCAGCAUUUACCACCACCAGCACCAGUCAAGGUCAUCAAGCCCAGGCUGAUUAUUCAUGGAGGGGCUGGCAACAUUAAGCCAACAAAUUUGACGCCUGAAAGGUACCAGGCCGUCCGGAAGUCUUUGCUCGGAAUGAUUGCCAAGACCCACGGGUAUAUGUCCACACCCAAGUCCCCCUCGUCAGUCUCGUCCAGCCCGGUCUUGCCCUCUGCUCUCGAGGUGGCCACCUAUGCUGUGACCCUCCUCGAGGAUGACCCCCUGUUCAAUGCUGGCAAGGGCGCCGUCUUCACGCGCGAUGGCAUCCAACAGCUCGAAGCAAGCGUCAUGGUCUCGCGAGGUCAUGCCAAGAGAGCAGCCGGGGUGCUCGGCCUGCGGCAUGUCAAGAACCCUAUCUUGCUGGCGCGCCAGAUACUCGAGCACGGGGAGGACGACCUGUGGGGUAAGAAAGGAGACAAGGGACAGCCGAAUGUGUCGGCACCCUCGGCCCAGGGCCAUACUUUGUUGUACGGUGCAGUGGCCGAAGCCCUUGCAAAACAGUAUGGUCUCGAGUUGGCCCCAACCGAGUACUUCUUCACGCAGCAGCGCUGGGACGAGCACAUUCGCGCGCUGGAACGCGAAAAGACCGGGGCCCAGACGCUCGCGACAUGGAGCGCAGACGAGUAUCUGCCCCAGGGCACCACAGGCGCGGUGGCUCUGGACUCGGAAGGAAUAGUGUGCUGCGCCACGAGCACGGGAGGUUUGACGAACAAGCUGACGGGUCGGAUCGGGGACACACCUGUGCCUGGUGCCGGAUACUGGGCCGAGGAGUGGACGGAGAAGGGCGACCCGACGAGGUCGACAUGGAGCUUCUGGGACAGGAGCAUGGAUCUUGUACGAGAGCCCGGGGCCGUCCUGGAAUUUGCUGGUGCAAUCAAGGGUUGGAUGGCUGACUGUCUGCCGACUCCUUUUGUGUAUUCGCCUUUGGUGGUGUCGUCGUCGUCGUCGUCGUCGUCGUCGUCAUCUCGUCCCCCUCCUCCGAAGAACGGGCUGACCACCACUCGAUCUUUUGCAACUUCGGGAACUGGCAAUGGAGAUUCAUUCCUGCGGGUCAAUGCUGGUCGGACGGCUGCCGCAAUUGCGCGCUGGAAGCCCGUCUCUUCCGCUGUGGCCCUGACCGAGGUCACAGGCCCUGGUGGGGAGCUGCAGCGAAGCGCAGGAGAUCGGUGGAUGGUGACUGGCGAGGGCGAGGGCGGUAUGAUUGGCAUCGAGAGCGUUGUUGUGCGAAACGUUACUGGCCACGUCGUCGAGACGCGAUCACAUGUCAUCCAGGACCACAAUUGUCCUGGCAUGUUCCGCGCCUGGCUCGACGAUCACGACAAGGCCAUCUUCCAGGUAUGGCACGACGAUGCAGAGGUGGAACACUUGGGUUUCUAUGGAGAGAAUCGGGGCGACGAGAUCAGCGCGUGGCUUCCGGAAAAGGCGGUUUCUGUAGACUCGUGA